AUGAACAUUUAAUUGGUAUAAAAAGUUGUUAAUUAAUGGAGAAUGUUUGUAGAAAAAAAGAGAGAAGUAAGAAGCAUUCUUGUAACAUAAUAUAAAUAAAGCUAUUUAAAAGUUUUAUAUUCAUAUAAAGAAUUUAAGAAAAAGAAAUUUUAACAAUACAUUAUUACUAAUGCUUCAAAACUUAUAUACAAAGCAUUACAAAUCAAUUUAUAAAGAGUGUAAAAUCUAAAAUAAUUUAUCAAACAUAAUAAAAUAAAGCGAUUUUAUAUUUUAAAAUAAUAGGAUAACAUAUUCCAUAAGAUUACUAAAAUAUAAUCUUAAAAUGCAAUAUUAAAAACAAUAAGACUUCCAAAAUACACUAAAUGUGAACAUAAUAAUUUAAUACCUUUGAUUUUUAGAAGAGUUCAAAAAGCUGUUAUUUUGUUUAACUUUCACUAUAUGAAAAAGUAUUAUGGAGAGACUACUAUAGAUAAAGAUAUGAUAAAGAAUGAAUUUUUAUAUUAUUUUACGAAUUAUGUAACAGUUAAACGACCAUGGAAAUAAUACCAACUUACUAAUUCAGAAUAUGAUAGAUAUCAACAUGUACUUUAAAAAGUAGAUAAAUUUUAAUUGGAAGAAUACACUUUACUUAAAUCUGUAGAAUUGAAAAAUAUCAAUAUUCUCAAAAAAAUAUAUUUAUAUAAUAGAAAGAAUAAGGAAUAAUAAUUAUAGAUAUAUUUUGAUUAUUAAUUAAAUGAAAUUGGUGCUGCUUGUAAAAUUCAAAAAUUUUUUAGAGGAAAAAAGGAUAGAAAAAUAAAAGGAAUGUAAUACUCUGUCAUAAUUGGAUUAAUCAAUUAAUCUCGAGCAAUAUUUGUUAUUCAAAAAUGGUUUAGAAGAAUAAGAUAAUUCCAUAGAAAUAACUUUUUUAAAGAUAUCUCAUUUUUCAUUUCAUAAAUACCAACAGAACAUUUGUAUUUGGAUAUGGAAAUAUAUUAGAAAAUAGAAUAAAUAGUAUAAAAUUAAUAAUAUACUAUAAAAUUUUUAGAACAAUAUAAUACGGUAUGAAAUAAUCUUAUUUUAGAUAGUUUCUGAUUCUGAAUCUGUAAGAUUAAUGUUCUCAUCAUAAACUUAAAAUUUAAAUUAAUCAACUUAUUAAUAAACUAUAUCUUAACUUAAUAAUUUACCUAUUAAAGUUAUUCCUUAAUGGUUGAUUAAAUAAAUAUAAAUGGUUCCAGUUCCAUAACAAAAGUUUAUAGAUUACACUAUUGUCAAGUAGGAAAUAUCAAACUCGAAAUGGAGUUGUAGAAAUAGGCAAUAUUAAAAGAAAUAAUUUGAAAAAUUAAAUGAUUUGAAUUUCUUUAAGUAGUGUGAUAUAUAUAGUUUGCUUCAUUUAGGUGCUAAAAUCUCUUUUGAUCAUAUAUGCAAAAGAAGCUAUAUAAGAUUUACUUACAAAUCAACAAGCGAGGCUAGAUAUAGAGCUUUGGCUUUAGCUCUUAUAACUUAUAAAUUUAAAUUUAAUGGAGUAUGCAUUUAAAUGUUAAAUGAUAACCUUUGGGAAAGUCCUUAUUAAAAACAAGAGUAAUUUUUAUAAAAAUAUUAUUAAAAAAUUUAAAAAGCUUAUAAAAUAGAAUCAUAAGAAUUAUUAUCCUCUAAUUUGCAAAAUUCAACAUCAAACUGUUUAAUUUUAUGUUAAAAUGAAUUCUAAGCAGAAUAAUUUAAAUUAAAACAAAAUGAAAUUCAGUUGCAAUUUUUUAAUGAUACAAGUAGGAUACCUUUAAAUUUUAUUUGGAUGAGCACUCAAUAAAUUAUAAAAAAAGUACCAAUAAAAAUCCAAAACUAAUAAAUAGUUUAAAGUAAUACUAUAAAAUUGAGUUCUAUAUUAUAAAACUGUUCUAUUUUAUAAAACAGAAAUCAGAAUGAAGAUGAAUAAUAAUUUGAAUAGAGUAUUCAAAGUAAACUCUUUGUUACUAAUGAAUUAUCUCCAAGAUCUCCAAAAAAAGAUGGAAUUAAUAAAUCAACAUAAUUACCUCUUAAAUAUUCUGUUUUAUGUAUAGAUAAUCCAGAUAUUCAAUUUCAAGAACCAAAAUUUAAAAGGAGAACUGAAUAAUCCUAUUUAGAAUUUGCUAUGACUAGUAGAUACAGAACAUAAAAUAACCCUUUGAAUAGUUCAAAAGUAAAUGGACUCUAUGAUUUUGAGAGUAACAAUGCUUAAAAUCAUAAAAAAAAGAACAAUCAAGAUCUUGAAAAUAUAAGUGAAAAUACUGAAUAUACUAUUUUAUAGAGAAGGUAUAAAGAAUUUAUAUUGAAUGAGAAUAAAACAAAAGGGGAAUCACUAAAAUCUUAGAAACCUAAUGAAAAAAUACUAUUAAGUGAAUUUACAAAUUUGAUAAGCAAAUAAGGAAAAAAAAUUAUGAAUAAUUAAAUAUAGACUUAGAGAGCAAAGUCUAUAGAUAGAUAGACAAAAAAAAUCUUUAUUUAUUCUUAAUUAAGUUAAUCUGUUACAAAAAGAGAAGAUUAUAAGGAUUAUUCAUUAGCAUUUCCAAAAAUAGAAUAAAAAAGUUCAAAAAAGUAUACUCUAGAUUCUAGACUAUCAAAUUACCAAAAAUACUAAGUUUUUCCUGAAGAUUAAUAUACAAUGGCAAAAGAUACUAUAAAAUUUUGA